AGCCCGAGCCCAGCUUUGGGCUUUCCACAUUCACUUCACUACGCAUUGGUUCGCCACAUUCCGCAGACACGCACCAGCGAAGUAGGGCGAGAUGACCACCAGCCGCCGCCACCACCACCGCUGCUCGCCGACGAAGGAUCCGCUGGACGACGACGACCUCCUCGCUGAGAUCCUCCUCCGCCUCCCCCCACAGCCGUCCUCCCUCCCUCACGCCUCCCUCGUCUGCAAGUGGUGGCGCGGCCUCGUCUCCGACCCCCGAUUCCGACGCAGCUUCCGCCUCCACCACCGCCGCAACCCUCCCCUCCUCGGCUUCUUCGGCAGAGACAACGCCCUCUCCUUCGUACCUACUCUCGAGGCCCCCAAUCGCGUCCCGCCUGGCCGCUUCUCCUUGCAGCGCGGCUACGGCGACCGCUUCGUCUCCCUCGGAUGCCGCCAUGGCCUCGUACUCAUCUUCAACGUGCCGCGGAACCAAGUCCUGGUGUGGGACCCCGUCACCGGCGACCAGCGCCGCCUUGCCAUUCCCCCGGAGGUUGCGACAUAUGCAGAGAUGGCAACGACCAAUGGGGCGGUGCUUCACGCUGCUGGAGACGUCCAGAAAUUCCAGGUGGUCUUGGUGGUGGCAGAGGUCGAGGACGAAGAACACAAGCGAGCGGUCGCCUGUAUCUACUCAUCGGAGACCGGCUUAUGGGGUGAUCCCACCUCAGCACCGCUUCCAUCGGGUCAUGAUCCCACCUUGAUUCGUCACUCCGCUGUGCUGGCUGAGCAUUCUCUUUACUGGAUGCUUGCUUCGAUGCUUCUUGAGAAUUUUGUUGGAAUUCUCGAGUUUGAUUUGGAGAAGCACAGCCUAGCUGUGAUACAGGUGCCAGUACAUAUGCUUGAACAGAGCCAACACCGAUUCUCGAUUAUGCGGGCAGAGGGUGAUGGCCUUGGUCUACUCUUCUAUAAGGACCGCGGUUUCCAGUUAUGGAAGAGGGUGACUGAUUAUAAUGGUGUUGCUUCAUGGGGGCUGGGAAGAACUAUUGGACUGGACAAGCUUUCCGUGAAUCUAGAAGGGAAUGACAUAAUGAUACUAGGGUUCGCUGACGAAAAUAAUGUGGUGUUUGUCUGCACACGUGACAUCCGCUUUAUGGUCCAUCUUGAGUCAUCACAGUGCCAGAAACUGAUGGGAACCUAUUCUCAUUAUCAUCAUCCAUUCGAAAGUGUGUACACUGCAGAAACAUGCAUUGGUGAUGAGCAUGAUGCAGCUGAUCUUUUGCGCCACACAUAAGACGACUGUCCAGUUAAUUAUGCUAUUUUGAUGAACUAGUUGAGCAGGUAUCUAAGGAUUGCAUUCUGGUGGCUUGCUGAGAGACGCAGAAAUGGGCAGCGCGCUUGUGGUUUCAUCUGUUCUGUACGCUGUGCUCCACGUGGAAAUCGACCCUCUGUAAUGGUCAACUGUGAAGUCUGGCUCGUAGGACCUCGUCGCUUAAUUUGCUGCCUUAGUGUCUGUUCUCUAAUCUCUCUAUGCGUUGGUCAGCUGAAAUGAAGUCACGGUGGCUUGCUUGGGUUAAUGGUCAGUGUGUAUCCUGUCAGUUAGCGUUGGAUUCGUUUUGCUUCUUCGGAGGAAGCAAGCACGUUGAUGCAGUUCCUUUACCUGUCAGCCAUGCAUGCAGUACUUAUGGUUGAAUCUAUGCUUAUUUUUUGGUCCCAUGUUGUGUCAGGUUGAGAUUUCAAAUCUACACCCUCCGUUCCUAA